UCUCCUGAAUUAAGCAAGCAAGCUGGAAUAAAGAUGUAGUGUGAGCGAGUGGAAGGAGGGGUGAGGAACAAGGAGAGCGCUGUGCUGAGGAGAGUAGAGGGCUGGACGUCCCGGCUCAACGGACGGAGAUCUGGGGGGAGACCAAAGACGGAGGGUCCACUGGAUCAGGAAGAUGCCCUCUCGCUGCAGGAAUGCGCUGAACAUCGUGGCCACCACCCUCUUUGCUGCGGUGGUCCUCUUCACCAUCCUGCUGGCCUAUGUCACAGGCUACCAGUUCAUCCACACUGAGCAGCACCACCUCUCUUUCGGCCUCUAUGGUGCGUUCCUCUCCCUCCAUCUCUUCCUCCAGAGCCUCUUUGCUUUCCUAGAGCACCGGCAGAUGAGGACCCCCGCCCGGCCGCAGCACCUCCGUCGCUCCGUUGCCCUCUGCAUCGCUGCCUUCCAGGAGGACCCGGACUACUUGAGGAAGUGCCUGCGCAGCAUCCGCCGGAUCUCCUUCCCUGGCCUGAAGGUGGUGCUAGUGGUGGACGGGAACCGGCCAGAAGACCGCUACAUGAUUGACAUUUUCCAGGAGGUGAUGGGUGGGGCUGACCAAGCUGGCAGUAUGGUGUGGAAGGGAAACUACCACAGUGAUGGGGGAGGAGGAGGAGGAGUGGGAGAUGGAGGAAGGAGCACGGUGCACAUGGAGGAGGCUGCACGGGUGGCCCGGCUGGUCAGAGGCUGCCGGUACUCCUGCAUCAUGCAGGAGUGGGGGGGCAAAAGAGAGGUGAUGUACACAGCCUUUAAAGCACUGGGGGACAGUGUGGAUUAUGUGCAGGUGUCUGACUCGGACACCGUUCUGGACCCAGCAUGUACCAUUGAAAUGCUGAAGAUCCUUGAGGACGAUCCAAUGGUGGGAGGAGUUGGUGGAGACGUACAGAUCCUAAACAAGUAUGACUCGUGGAUCUCAUUCCUCAGUAGCGUGCGCUACUGGAUGGCCUUCAACAUCGAGCGGGCCUGCCAGUCCUACUUUGGCUGCGUCCAGUGUAUCAGCGGCCCUCUGGGGAUGUAUAGGAACUCUUUGCUCCAGCGCUUCCUGGAGCCCUGGUACCAUCAGACCUUCCUGGGCUCCAAGUGCAGCUUCGGGGACGACCGCCACCUCACCAAUCGGGUUCUCAGCCUCGGCUACAAGACUAAAUUUACUGCGCGAUCGCAGUGCCAGACUGAGACUCCAACCCAGUAUCUGCGUUGGCUUAACCAGCAGACUCGAUGGAGCAAGUCUUACUUCCGUGAGUGGCUCUAUAACGCCCUGUGGUUCCACAAGCACAGCCUCUGGAUGACCUAUGAGUCUGUGGUCACCGGCUUCUUCCCCUUUUUCCUGGUUGCCACAGUCAUCCAUCUCUUCUACCGUGGAAGGCUGUGGAACAUUCCUCUUUCUAUGACGGUCCAACUGGUUGGGAUGGUGAAGGCCACCUACGGCCCUGUUUUCCUUCGUGGCAACCUGGUCAUGAUCUUCAUGUCACUCUACUCUCUACUCUACAUGUCCAGCUUGCUUCCUGCCAAAAUAUUUGCUCUGCUCACCAUCAAUAAGGCUGGAUGGGGCACUUCAGGCCGCAGGAAGAUCGUAGUCAACUUCAUCGGCGCUGUGCCUGUCACAGUGUGGGCUAUUGUACUGCUCGGAGGUGUGAUGUAUACAAUCUACUGUGAAACACAGGAGCCGUUUAGUGAGACAGAAAAGGUCUUGUUGAUAGCGGGGACGAUACUCUACGCCUGCUACUGGAUCAUUCUGCUGGUGCUCUACCUGGCCAUCGUAGCCAAGCGAUGUAACAAGAGGGAGGAGCAGUACCACCUGCCAUACGCUGAGGCAUAAACAUGCUAAACACAUGUCAGAGUUGUACUGCAGUAUGACUGUAGCAAUGUCUCUGACACUGUGAACUGCUCCUGAGGUGAGCUGUGAACCACAUCUUUAUGACGAGUGCUAAGAGUUGUGAAUCUGAAAUCUAAGCAGCAGGAAUCCACCCCAGCUGUAUGAGACUCAGAUGCUCAAUGGUGCUUCAAAUUGAAAAACCAAACCAAACAGAACUGAUUGAGUUUAUAAAGUGUUCAAAGAAGUAAUAAUGCCAUGCUCAGAAGAAAAUACGGUAUUUCAUGGGUACUGGUUAGCUGUAACUGUGACAGAAGGGUGCAGACAAGUGUUUUUAAUGAAUAUAUAGCAGCACACGGGACAAAAUGAGACUAAGAGAUAUAAAGGUCUUACUUGCUGGUGUUUCAGUUAUUCAUGUCAUUAUGAAAGUGAUGAGCUGUUAUGAAAUGUGAAGGAGCUGAGCCUCAAGAACAAACAAUGAUAAGUAACACAGCAAAGCAAUUCUCUCGAGUCCCAGCACUUCUAUUACAAACAAAGAGGACCUCAGUCUGAUAAGUGUUCGGACUGAACACAAAGCAAAUGUGUGUUACCAAUACCUACAAAGUAAAGAAGGGAUUAUACAUGACGGAUGAAAAUUUGCUCUGUGUCACUGUCAACUUGAAAUAGAAAUAUGAAAUGAAGAACCCUAACGAGACAGGAGAAUGCAGAGAGGCUGGAGUAAGUCAUUCCUCAGAGGAAACACACACAGCCUUCCACACAAUUUGUGCAUGAAGGCCAGCUACAGCUGGAGUCUAUUCAUAUGGUAUAUUCAUUGUUUGUGAACACUGGACACGGAUGGUUUGUAGUUUAUCAAAAGCCAUGUGAAAAUCUGGCCCCUUCUCACCAUAAAGAUAGUAUUUUUACAAGUGAAUCUUUGUUCAAUACUCAUCAUAUGCUAUUUUGUACUUUAGAUGUGUUGCUUUCUGUAAUCAUUCUCCUCCAUACUGGCCAUGAGGUGAUGUCUUUUAAAAUAUUAAUCUUUUUCAAUCCUAUUCUCAGCAGCAAAAGUAAUGCUUUACAGUACUUGUUGGACUUUUCCUUUUUUUCACCCGGCCUGUCAAACAUGCCUUUACCACCAUCCUGGGCCUCCAGCAGUGACAGCCUCCAACUUUAUCCACCUUUAUCCAACUUUUCCACUGCAAAUCAGUCACCCAGUCACUCUGAGAUGUUUUAUAUGGUCACUUUUAUAUAUUUGUAAAGGUGCCAAAUGAGCCAAAUAUUUUACUACAGGAACCUGUUCUCUUAACUUUAUACAUGUUUAGAUGUAAUCUUUGUUUAUUCAUUCCAUCAACAAUUUAAAGACCGAAGACCAACGAGAUUUCUCCUGAAGUGACUCGACAGCUUUGCUCUUAAUCUGUUUAUUGCUUCCAACAUUACAAAAUUGGACAUGAUUUCAGAUCAUAUUCGGUGAAAUGUAGCCUGUGUUUCAAAAGCUAAACGCUCACACAUUUUGUCAAGUGUGUGAACCAUUAUCCUCACUGAGGAAUGCAUUUUAGCUUUGGGCUGUCGACAUUUCCUCUUGCGUCAUUUAAAGUGGACCUAUCAUGCUAUAUUUGAAACAUAUAUUGUAGGGCCAUACCUAUA